UCUAAGAAUAUCUCCCAUGCUCUCAUCCUCGGCCUGCCUUUUACUUUUUGAAGCUUCACUUUCAAAUCCUUAGUGCUCAGUCCUCUCACCUUCAGAUCCCCUCUCAUUUCUUGAGGUUAGCCAUGGCAACAAUUAGAAAUCUGAAAAUCAAGACAUCGACUUGCAAACGAAUUGUUAAGGAGCUGCACUCCUAUGAGAAAGAGGUUGAAAGAGAAGCUGCAAAAACAGCUGACAUGAAAGAGAAAGGAGCUGACCCUUAUGACCUCAAGCAACAGGAAAAUGUGCUGGCUGAAUCCAGGAUGAUGAUCCCUGAUUGUCGCAAGCGUCUAGAGGCAUCAUUGGCUGACCUUAAAGGAACUCUGGCUGAGUUGGACGAAACAAAUGAGAAGGAAGGCCCAGAAUUCGAAGAUGCUCGAAGCACUAUAACAGAGGUUGAAAAGUUGUUUCAAACAACAGAGGCUUAGUGAGAUACAGCUUCUUAUCAUUGGCUGUAACUCAAAAAAUUUGACAUGGAUGGACGAUUGUUAUAUGUUCUGUUUCUAUUUCUAGCCACUAUCAGCGCAGAUGGAAUGCAGCUAAGAUGUCUUUUGAACUACAUAUCUUGCGUGCCUUUUAUGUUCCGAAAUUAAGUGUGCAAAUACAAGUUGCUAUGCUCAUGCCAAUUAA